GGAGGGAUGAGAGAGUGUGGACCCCGAUAGACCCCCCCUUCCUCCCCCCCUCCUCCUCCUCCUCCUCCUCCUCCAGCAGCAGGUCAGCAGUGGAGGGAUUAGGAAUCUCUCUCACUCACUGCGAGCAGACCGGGGACUCGCGAUACGUCUGAAUCAUGCCCGGCGUCAUUCCUGCCGGCUGGGAGUGGAGCCGAAAUUGUGCAAGAUACGGAUAACAGCGAGGGAAGAAGGUCGGUGCGGGUCGAGUCAGGCGUCAAGGUUUCUCCCCUCCGUCCGUCCGUCCCGGGUGUGUGCCGGGCGACAUGUCUGACCCGGAGCUCCGCCGCCCCGACCCGUCGCUCCACAGCCCCGCCGCCGCCGCCGCCGCCUCCCUCACAUGUGUUUAACCGCCGGAGACGAAGCGACCCGGAUAAAACCCGCGAGCGACCCGAGCGAGCGGUAGCGCCGCGCGGGGCUCAGCCCGCAGCCUCCUCCCGGAGCGGAGCCGGAGCUCAGAGAAAAAAAGUUGUGCCUGUUUGGUGAAAGAGGGAAACAUGGGGAACGCGGGGAGCAUGGACCAGCACACGGACUUCAGGGGCCACAACAUGCCGCUGAAGCUCCCCAUGCCGGACCCCGGGGAGCUGGAGGAGAGAUUCGCAAUCGUCCUGAACUCAAUGAAUCUUCCUCCGGACAAAGCACGGCUGCUGCGGCAGUAUGACAAUGAGAAGAAAUGGGAACUAAUCUGCGAUCAGGAGAGAUUCCAAGUGAAAAACCCGCCUCACACAUACCUUCAAAAGCUGAGGAGUUAUCUGGACCCGGCAGUCACAAGAAAGAAAUUCAGACGGAGGGUGCAGGAGUCCACCCAAGUCCUGAGAGAACUGGAAAUUUCGUUACGGACAAAUCACAUAGGAUGGGUGAGAGAGUUCCUAAACGAGGAGAACAAAGGCCUGGACGUGCUGGUGGAGUAUCUGUCCUUUGCACAGUACGCCGUCACUUACGAUGGGGACGGUGUGGAGAACAACCCUGACCUGUCCAUGGACAAGUCGAAGCCCUGGGGUCGGUCGAUAGAAGACCUGCACGGCGGCACGCUGCCGUCCCCCAUCACUGGAAACGGUAUCACCCGAGUCGGGAGACACUCCACACUAAGAUGCAACACACUGCCAAGCCGGAGAACGUUAAAAAACUCCCGACUGAUCUGCAAGAAGGACGACGUCCACGUCUGCAUCAUGUGCCUGCGAGCGAUCAUGAACUACCAGUAUGGCUUCAACAUGGUCAUGUCUCACCCACAUGCUGUGAAUGAAAUUGCACUAAGUCUCAACAAUAAGAAUCCAAGGACCAAAGCUCUGGUCUUGGAGCUGCUGGCUGCCGUUUGUCUUGUGAGAGGAGGCCACGAAAUCAUUCUCUCUGCGUUCGACAACUUCAAGGAGGUUUGCAUCGAGACGCAACGAUUUGAACGGCUAAUGGAGUAUUUCAAGAAUGAGGACAACAACAUUGACUUCAUGGUGGCGUGCAUGCAGUUCAUCAACAUCGUGGUGCACUCGGUGGAGGACAUGAACUUCAGAGUCCAUCUACAGUUCGACUUCACCAAGCUGUGUUUGGACGACUACUUAGACAAACUGAAGCAUACAGAGAGCGAUAAGCUGCAGGUCCAAAUCCAGGCCUACCUGGACAACGUUUUUGACGUCGGCGCUCUUCUGGAGGAUGCAGAGACCAAAAAUGCUGCCCUGGAGCGGGUGGAGGAGCUGGAGGAGAACAUGUCGCAUAUGACAGAGAAGCUGCAGGACAUGGAGAACGAGGCCAUGUCCAAGAUCGUGGAGCUGGAGAAGCAGCUGAUGCAAAGAAACAAGGAUCUGGAAUCCAUAAGGGAAGUCUAUAAGGACACCAGCUCGCAGGUCGUCUCCCUGCGGCAGAUGCUGAAGGAGAAGGACGAGGCCAUCCAGCGACAGAGCAACCUGGAGAAGAAGAUCCACGAGCUGGAGAAGCAGGGCACCAUCAAGAUCCACAAGAAGGGAGACGGAGACAUCUCCAUCCUGCCCUCGCUGCCCUCCGGUGUGGAGGGUCUCCCUGCCGCCGCCGCCGCGGGAGGAAACGGCGUGGCAGCCGGUUCAAACCACGUAGCGAUGGCAGGCGGCGCUCAGGCUCCGCCCCCACCGCCUCCCCCGCCUCCGCCGCUGCCCGUGAACGGCUCAUUACCGAACGGACCAUCGCCGGCACUCGAAGCCGCGGCGGCGCCUCCGCCGCCCCCGCCUCCGCCUCCGCCCCCUCCGCCUCCCCCUCCACCCCCGGGACUGUCCUCGGAGGUCUCGGCCUGUCUGCCUCCUCCGCCCCCUCCGGUCGCCCCCCCGCUGCCCGGCUGCGGGACGCCCACCGUGAUCAUGAACUCCGGCCUGGCGGCCGUCAAGAUCAAGAAACCCAUCAAGACCAAGUUCCGCAUGCCUGUCUUCAACUGGGUGGCCCUGAAACCGAACCAGAUCAACGGGACCGUCUUUAAUGAGAUCGACGACGAGAGGAUACUCGAGGAUCUGAACGUCGAUGAGUUCGAGGAGAUGUUCAAGACGAAAGCUCAGGGCCCGUCCAUCGACAUCACCAUGAACAAGCAGAAGGUCAUCCAGAAGGGGCCCAACAAGGUGACGCUGCUGGACUCCAACCGGGCCAAGAACCUGGCCAUCACCCUGAGGAAAGUGGGCAAGACAUCUGAGGAGAUCUGCAAGGCCAUUCAGAUCUUUGACCUGCGGACGCUGCCGGUGGACUUCGUGGAGUGCCUGAUGCGCUUCCAGCCGACGGAGGUGGAGAUCAAGGUGCUGCGGCAGUUCGAGAAGGAGCGCAAGCCGGUGGAGAGCCUGACGGACGAGGACCGCUUCAUGAUGCAGUUCAGCAAGAUCGAGCGGCUCAUGCAGAAGAUGACCAUCAUGGCCUUCAUCGGCAACUUCACCGAAAGCAUCCAGAUGCUCACACCGCAACUCCACGCAGUCAUCGCAGCGUCUGUGUCCAUCAAGUCCUCCCAGAAGCUGAAGAAGAUUCUAGAGAUUAUCUUGGCUCUUGGAAACUACAUGAACAGCAGCAAAAGAGGAGCGGUGUACGGCUUCAAGUUACAAAGCUUAGACUUGCUACUCGAUACCAAGUCGACGGACCGGAAGAUUACACUGUUACACUACAUCGCCAACGUGGUGAAGGAGAAGUACUCGCAGGUUUCUCUCUUCUACAACGAGCUGCACUACGUGGAGAAGGCCGCAGCAGUGUCGCUGGAGAACGUUUUACUGGACGUGAAGGAGCUGCAGCGGGGCAUGGAGCUGACCAAGCGGGAGUACAGCAUGCACGGCCACAACACCAUGCUCAAGGACUUCAUCACGCACAACGAGAGCAAGCUGAAGAAGCUGCAGGACGACGCCAAGAUCGCACAGGACGCCUUCGACGAGGCGGUGAAGUUCUUCGGGGAGAACUCCAAAACCACGCCCCCGUCUGUGUUCUUCCCCGUCUUCGUGCGCUUCGUGAAGGCUUACAGGCAAGCGGAGGAGGACAACGAGCAGCGGAAGAGACAGGAGCAGAUCAUGAUGGAGAAGCUUCUGGAGCAGGAGGCCAUGAUGGAGGAGGACCAGAAGUCUCCGUCCCAUAAGAACAAGCGGCAGCAGCAGGAGCUCAUCCAGGAGCUCAGGAGGAAGCAGGUGAAAGACAGCCGCCACGUCUACGAGGGCAAAGACGGCGCCAUCGAAGACAUCAUCACCGCUCUAAAGAAGAAUAAUAUUACUAAAUUUCCCAAUGUCUACUUGAGGGUAAGGAAGUCCUCCAGUAGCAACCCUGUAGUGGUGGAUGUGUCCCAGACCUGAUCUGAGGAAUCAGCCGUACCGGCGAGCGGACGCCGUGCGGAGGAGCGUCAGGAAACGAUUCGACGAUCAGAACCUGCGUCCGGUGAACAAUGGAGAAGUGGUCAUGUGACGAGGGAGCAGUGGAAGUGAAGCAGCAGCAGGAGGAGGAGGAGGAGGAGGAAGGUCAGCAGAGGGAGUGACAGGAAGUCUGAUGCAGAGUGAAGGACGACAAGCGAAAGAUGACGAGUGUGUGUAGCAACCUUUGGGAGGAGUAUGUAAAUAUGUUACAUAAGGAUUCUCCACUUCAGCAUCUGAACACGAUGAAGGACUGGAACCAGAACAAAGUGUCCGGAAGGUUGAUCCACGAACCUUCGACAAGCCAAGUGCCUGAACUUUUGUUUUUGUUUUCGACGCCGUCUCCUGUUUGUCUGUUGUUGUUGUUUUUUUUUUAAUAAUCUCACCUGGAGCAAUACAACUCGACCUGGCUUUAAUGUUACGACGUGUAGAAGUGGACGUGGAAUGUAAGGGACGCGUUCCCGAUUCGACGGCGAGCUUGUGGGCACAUUCCCAAACUUCCAUCCAUUCCUCUUCCAAGACAAAUGAGCUCAACUCGCACUUUUUAAAAAAAAAAAAAAAAAGUAAACAUCUCGUGAUGUUUAAGUCAGAGGGCCGAUGAUGGGAAGCCUUCAGAAAGUCUGCAUUUGUAGAGAUAAGAUGAAGAAGGAUCAACUAAAACAACACAAACUGAAAACCAGUUUAAUGUGAAUUUACUCUCGUUUAGUUUCUUACUCUGAAAAGCAGUCGGUGCGUUUCUGUCUCUUAUCUGGUUUUUGGGAACAAACAGUAAAAAACUUCUUUACUGCUACUGGAAGAUUUGAUCGUUGCAACUGGACGUAAUUCAGAUUUCCAUCUCUGUGAAAACUCUCCAGGUUACGGUUUGGCGGCUGCUGUGUCGACUCACUAUACUGUAAUUUUAAUGUAUAGUAUUUAACCACUGAACAUUCAUUUAAGCUCCUGCUUUCAUCAUUAAAAGCAAAAGUCCACCACACAGAUGUUUCCUAAAUGUACAGAUAUUUUGCUACAGUGUUUUCUCUUUCUUAUUCUUUUUUUUUUUUUUUUUACUUAAUUCACUUUACCAGAUGGUUAAUAUUGUAAAUAUUGUUUAAACAAAAACAAAAAAAAAAAUUUUCAUUGCCUUGUGCUUUACAACUUGAAUGUUAUUUUAACUUAUAGUUCGUUUCCACUAUUGUAUAUUUAAUUAAGCCAAAUUCAGCCAGAAAUCGACCGUAGAGUUUAAUCACAGGUGAAAAUCCAGCCGAUUCUUCUGAU